CCUCUAGUUUGUAAUUAAGCAACCAUGAGAAACUCCAGACCCAUCAUUCUGUUUCCCUUGCUUUGCUUUCUCUCCUCCACCAUCUCAAUCUUAUGCGACCCAAACACUUUGGUUUGCAAUGAAAAAGAGAAACAUGCCCUUCUAAGAUUCAAGAAAUCUCUCUCUGAUCCUGGCAACCGGCUCUCGUCUUGGUCUGUCAAUCAAGAUUGUUGUAGAUGGGAAGCAGUUCGCUGCAACAACGUUACAGGGCGAGUGGUUGAGCUCCAUCUCGGUAAUCCAUAUGACAUGGAUGAUUUAGAAUUCUAUAGAAAGUUCAAGUUGGGUGGUGAGAUUAGCCCUGCUUUGCUUGAAUUAGAAUUUUUGAGUUACUUGAACUUGAGUUGGAAUGAUUUUGGAGGUAGUCCAAUUCCAAGUUUCCUGGGUUCCAUGGGGAGUUUGAGAUAUCUUGACCUCUCAUUUGCUGAAUUUGGUGGACUAGUCCCUCAUCAGCUUGGAAAUCUCUCGACUCUUCGUCACCUGGAUCUGGGAGAUAACAGUGGGCUGCUGUACGUUGAGAAUCUUGGUUGGAUUUCUCAUCUUGCUUUUUUGAAGUACCUAGGCAUGAAUGGGGUCGACCUUCACAGGGAAGUCCAUUGGCUUGAAUCCGUGUCUAUGCUCCCUUCUCUUUCAGAGCUGCACUUGUCCGAAUGUGAACUUGAUAGCAAUAUGACUUCAUCUCUCGGGUCGGUUGCCACGUCUGUCUCCGAAUGUUGGUGUGUUGAAUAUUGCUAACAAUUCAUUCUCGGGACAGAUUUCCCCUUUCAUGUGCCAGAAGAUGAAUGGAAGAAGUCAAUUGGAGGUCCUUGACAUAUCAAUUAAUGCUUUAUCAGGGGAACUUUCUGAUUGUUGGAUGCAUUGGCCGUCUCUUACUCAUGUAAGACUGGGAAGCAACAAUCUAUCUGGUAAAAUUCCUAAUUCCAUGGGUUCUUUGGUUGGACUUAAAGCAUUGAGCUUGCAAAACAAUUCCUUCUAUGGAGACAUACCCUCAUCAAUAGAGAACUGCAAGGUUUUGGGGCUGAUAAAUCUAAGUGACAAUAAAUUUUCGGGGAUUAUACCCAGGUGGAUUUUUGAGAUGACAACUCUAAUUAUUUUCAACUUAAGAUCCAAUAAAUUCAUGGGCAAAAUUCCUCCACAAAUAUGCCAACUUUCUUCUCUUAUAGUGUUGGAUCUUGCUGAUAAUAGUCUGUCAGGAUCAAUACCCAAAUGCUUGAAUAGUAUCAGUGCUAUGACUGGAGGACCUAUCCAGUAUAUUGCGGAUGAUACUUUGCAAGCAAGGUAUGAUUAUGAAUCUUACAUGGAAAGUAUUGUUUUAGAUAUAAAGGGGAGGAAAGCAGAGUACGAAGGGAUUCUUCCAUUAGUAAGGAUGAUUGACCUUUCAAGUAACAAUUUAUCUGGAUCAAUCCCAAUUGAAAUCUCAAGUCUUUUUGAACUGAAAUUUCUAAACUUAUCUCGAAAUCAUUUAAUGGGGAGGAUACCAGAGAAAAUUGGGGUGAUGGCAUCAUUAGAAUCUCUAGAUCUCUCGAGAAAUCAUCUUUCAGUUGAAAUUCCUCAGAGCAUGAGCAAUUUAACAUUUCUUGAUUACCUGGACCUGUCAUUCAAAAACUUUUCUGGGAGAAUUCCUUCAAGCACCCAGCUUCAAAGCUUCGAUCCACUUUCUUUCUUUGGCAAUCCUGAACUGUGUGGUGCCCCUCUUACGAAAAACUGCACUCUAGAUCCCACUGCUGUAGAAGAAAACAGAGAAUUUCCUGAAAUCGCAUGGUUUUACAUCGGCAUGGGAUCAGGAUUCAUUGUGGGGUUUUGGGGAGUUUGUGGAGCUCUCUUUUUCAAGAGAGCAUGGAGGCAUGCUUAUUUCCAGUUUCUUUAUGACAUGAGAGACUGGGCCUAUGUGGGUAUAGCAAUAAAAUUGAAGUGGUUCCACCAAAAGUUGAGAAGAUACCAUGCUGGAUGAUCUCCAAGGGAGUGUAUCAUACUCACAUGUUUCAACAACUUCAGUGGCAUGGCCAAAGAGCACUAUAUAUUCAAAGUGGUAGUAUUAAUUACGCUAUCUUUUGUGUUGAAGUUUCUAUAUAUGUUAUUGCUGUUGUGUUAUGAUAUUAAUAAUAAUC